UUCACUCGACGUCUCGGUGGAAUUGGUGACGCUGAUCCCGUCACAACCACGCGAGAACCCCACCGGUAGAAGAAGAUCUCCAAUCAGCGCGGGUCCACAUCCUGACAGAGUAGGCAGCGCAGCUGUACAAGACCACCCUUCACACGGUAGCUGGAUCAACAAAAUUUCCUUCAUCGAGAGCAGCGGGAGUCACUGCAUUUACAACAAGAAGGAGGAGCUGCAUCAAAAGCAGCAGGAGGAAAUUCAGCAAGACACGAGAUACAUCUACACAUCAAGGUCUCACCGAGUGGGUUGCCGGCACACAUACGCAUCUCCGUAUAUAAGCAGUGAAGCCGAAGAACUCAGCAGUCUCACUACGUACUAGACAAGUCUGACACGGAAAGCUGCAGUUGGAAUUUUCCCCGAACUCUGAAGUUUAAGCUGAAGGAUUGGUCAGCGCUUCACAAUAGAGUUGCGCUGGGAAGAAGGGACUGUACGACAUUUCCCCGAACCUUGAAGAGAGCUGGUAACGUGGACAGCACUUCACAAUAAGGUUGUUGAGGAAGACAAGAACUAAUCGAAGGAAUUUUCCCCGGAUCCUGAAGCGGGCUGGAAACUUGGGCAGCACUUCACAAGAGGAUCGCGCUGGAAGGAAAGAGCAGUUCGAGGUCAACGGAAUUUCCCCGAACCCUGAAGCGAGCUGGUAACGUGGACAGCACUUCGACAAAUAGGGGUGUCGUUGGAAUACGAUCCGAGCUUGAACAACGACAAGUACCCCCUCUGAGCACCGGAGAGAGCGCGGAAACAAGAAUUGCCAGGUUUGGCCACCUGCAUUUACAAUUCGAAGUCGUCAACACCAAGGAGAGUACAGUUCUGGAAAAGAAAGCCUCAUCAUUUGAGCAAGAAGCCUCAUCAUUUGAGCAAGAAGCCUCAUCGUUUGACCACGGGAUAUAAACGAAGGAACAAGUCAAGUGAAAUUGAUAAGGACGAGGAAGAAGAUUGGCAGCAGCAGCUGGAACCAGGAAAUUCCCCUGAAUACCAAGCACCAAACAUGGCGCUGUUGAUAAAGCGCUGUGCCUUGCAUGGCAACGUGCAGCCGGAUGCCCUGCCUUGUGGGAAAAGCAAUGAAAAAUAGUCCAUGCCAUGUCGUAAGCGGAGAUGACGUUUUUCUCGCCGGUAAGUGUCCUGGUCAUUGCUGCUUAGCCACGUGGAAUGACCCCUUUAGCGCGUGUCGAUGGCCAUUAUUUCCGCAGAAGGAGCAUCAGGUGACGAAAACGCCGAGGAGUUGGAUAUCGUUUUGGAUCGAGGCCUAAGGCGACAGGCGUAGAAAAAGAAGAAACAGUUGCUUUUUCGAAUUUUAGCGAGUGAAUGUAUUCUUACAGAUUGAUGUAUUUGCAAUGCAGACAGUACAUUUCUGAUGAUUUGCGAUCAUUGUGUAACCAACCAUGCUGGUAGCUUUCUUGCUGGGAGGGAAAUGAAACAGAUAUUAUUGAAACAUAUGUACAAUUGUUUUGUAUCAAUAAAUAGGAAGAAGAAUAGAAUGUACCUGUGUUGGCUUCACUUGGCACACACCGGUUGCCCAUUGCAGCUGUAAGGCGGCCAAUAUACGACGAAACCUGUUGCUUAGCCGUCCGUAUCUUUGUCAUCAUGGCUUCAUCGAGUUCACCGUAAGUUGGCUUGGCUGGGUGAGCGAAUUAUGCUGCGUGAAAUGAAGCUUAGUGAAUCGAGUGAAGUCAGAGAGCUCAAUGAAAUGAGUGCGCAAGUGAAAAAGUUUCGUCGAGUGAAUUAUGUGAGAUGAGUGUGUGCAGGAGCGACUGAGUGUGCAUUCUCUGUAUUCCGGGAUCGACAGCCCGAUGAGCGUGUAAUGAAAUGACGUCAGUAAUAUGGAACGGAAUGCCAAACACGAACAGGGGUGUUUAGCCUUUUGGACUCUUCUGACCUCCUUGUAGUCCUAUGUUCAUGGGGACCCACGGUCCAAGUGUUCCCCACUUCUGUGUUAUGCGGAGGCGAGCAUGGGCCGUUUCAUGUGUAAACCCGAUGUUUGGCCGAGUUCAGGCGUAGAGUAUCAUUUUGUGCUUUUCCCCAACGACCAUUUCCAUGUUCUUUUAGGGGUCUUAUGAAACAGAUCAGCUUCACUUUCACUCAGUGCACAUGAAGCUCCCUCCCUAUCCGUCCCGCCCAAGCUGCCACCAACGGUAUUCAGUCGUUUUCAUCUCAAAGGAUCGCCCCUCAGUCUGAUGAGGUCGUGCCUACUCCAAUUGAAACGGAGAGCUUCGAUCCGGGGUCGAUCCUAAUUCAAACAUGCUCAAGUGCCGCGAGUGACCGAAAGAUUUUGUACCCACACCC